GGAGGAGGUUUAAUGAGAAGAGAAUGUUCUCUGCUUAGGCUAUUGUGGUGGGUGCCUGGUGCAUUUUUGUGGCUUCCACCGCCAACUCCUGAGAAAGGGAGAAGAAGAGAGAACCAGAAAGAGUAGGUGAUGGAGGGAAGUUGAAUGAUUGUGUGUCAAGAGAGGGGACGUUAAGGUAGACUGCUACUUCGAGAGCUCUGGCACUCUGUUCAAAAGCCCUUGAGUCCAGAAAUCAUCUCCUAAGGCAUUCUCACAAGAGCAGCUUCGACAAAAAGGGGGGGCUGAAACCAAUUCCAAGAGUAAAUAAACACGGAGAGUGUUUGCAGCAUGUUUCCUGUAUCGAGCCAUCUACAGCACUGACUGGAUCAGAAAUAGGAAACAAUCUGUCCUAUCUAUGCUGCUGUUAAUGCAACUGUAGAGUUUUUUUCUGUGUAAUGUCAUAAAAAGAGCUUUCCCUGGAGCAUCGUAUCAGCCACGGAAGAAAGAAAAGAGAGAAGACACUGAAAAAGGAAAAGGCUCUAGCCGAAUCUGAAGGAGGGAAAGACAUCAUUUUACGACAACCUCACUUGCUGUUUGCAGGACAGAGCUCUUUUCUUUUUUUGCUUUUGUCCAUCCGUGUCCAGGGAUGGGCUGGCUGCUGAGUCUGGGCUACCUGGCUGUAGUGGUAGCUGUAGCAAUUGGCACAGAGAGGAGGCAGCACCAGGUGCAGCAUGGCCCCUGUAGCUACACAUUCAUCCUGCCAGAGGUGGAGCAGUGCCCAUCAUCUGGAAACUUCCGGGUGAGCAAUUCCCUGCAGAGAGAUUCGCCCUUGCCCCCCAACGCAGCCCAGACUGAGAAAAAGCUUGAAAGCCUGGAGAGUGCCACUGAGAACAACACACUGUGGCUGCAGAAGCUGGAGAGUUACAUCCAGGAGAACAUGCGUUCAGAGAUGGUGGAGAUGCAGAGGAAUGUCAUUAACACACAGACAGCCACCAUGCUGGAGAUAGGAACCAAUCUUCUCAGCCAGUCAGCAGAACACACAAGGAAACUUACAAACGUGGAGACUCAGGUACUGAACCAAACAAGUCGACUGGAGAUUCAGCUGUUGGAGUACUCUCUCUCCACCAAGCGACUGGAGAAGCAACUCCUGCAGCAGACCCAGGAGGUGUCCCGCCUAAAUGACAAAAACAGCUACCUGGAGCAGCGGUUCACAGCCUUGGAGGCCAGACACAGCCAGGAGCUGCAGGCUAUCCAGCAGGAAAAGCAGCAGCUGCAGGAGCUUCUGGACAGGCAGAGUCGCCUGGUCACUGUGCUUGAGAGACAGCUGGCGAGCUCCACCCGCAACAGCACACUGCUCCAGCACCAGCAAGCUACUCUCUCAGAGACACUGCAGCAGCUACUGGCCAUGAUCGCCCAGUGCAACGAUAUUACCAGCCUGUCUAAGGCGAAGACAGUGAUUUUCAGAGAUUGUGCCGACAUAUACAAGUGUGGAAUAACAGAGAAUGGAAUAUACAACAUUCAUCUCGCCAACAGCACACAGACAGUUAAGGUGUUCUGUGACAUGGAGACUAGAGGAGGAGGUUGGACUGUUCUUCAGCAUCGCUUUAACGGUUCAGUGGACUUCCACCGUAACUGGAAAGAUUAUAAAACGGGAUUUGGGGACCCCUCAGGAGAACAUUGGUUAGGAAAUGAUGUCAUCCACCUGCUCACCACAUCCCGAGACUACACUCUGCAGGUCCAACUCAAAGACGUAGAGGGAAACCAGGCCUACUCUCAGUAUGACCAUUUCUACAUCGAUGGAGAGGAAAAGAAAUAUAGCAUCCAUGCUGAAGGUUUCAGUGGUACAGCAGGUCGCACCAGCAGCCUAACCCGCUCGGGCACCAUGUUUAGCACAAAGGAUCAGGAUAAUGACCGCUGCAGCUGCAAGUGUGCCCAGAUGGCCUCAGGAGGAUGGUGGUUUGAAGCCUGUGGGCCAUCCAACUUAAACGGCAUCUACCACACUGGAAUCUCCAGUGUGAUGCGCUACAAUGGGGUCAAGUGGUACUACUGGAAAGGGCCAAACUCAAUAGUAACCAGAACCACUAUGAUGGUGCGCCCUUUGGAUUUCCAUAAAUAAAUGUCAUGGAGACAUUUGGCUCUACAGACAGCAAAAUUCCCAAGUUUAAUUAUGAUCUAUGAUUAAUGCUCAUUUGUGUCCAGCUGCACUUAUAUAAACACUAGGUGUUAAUUCCACAUUGGGGAAUUUGUGACAUAGACAGCGAAAGUGUGCCAGAGGGCUGUUGACACAGCUGACACUCACUGACAUUUUAUGCAUUUUUGGAAUUUGUGGAACACUAUAUGAUUUAAUCUGUCUUGUUUGUUCUGCUCUGGCAAAAAAGGACCCAGCUGCUUCAUCAGUAUAUUAUUUUUUCCUGUAUACAAAAGCUCAUGCAGUGUAGAAUGCAAAGGACUGGAAUUUCACAACAGCGUUUGCUUGUAUACUUGGCUAGUGAACUGAGCUCUUCAUAAAUAUGAGCCAUUCCUCCUCUCUCUCCUAAACACCCCCUGUCCACAGCACCUCUCUAUUUCCCCCUCUCUGAAAUGCUUAUAAAGUUUAUGAGUGAAUACUCCCAUAAAAACUGUUUGAGAUACUAAAACAGGUGUAUGUUUUACAAUCACAUUAUUUACUAUAAAAUGUAUAUUUGUAAUAAAAAAAGACAUAAAAUCGAUCAGAAACAUCAGUGACUGCAGGAAAUGAGAAAGCAUGAAGGCUACAGUGGCAACAUCUCAGAAUGCGGUCUGUUCACAGCAGCAGGCUGUACCUAAUUCAGCACUAUGGUUGACUGACCAUCCAUGCAGGGUGUUAAGAGGGUCAAUAUUAUCGCAGCGACCAUGCCAAUUCCUUGAUGAAGCAUACAAUACAGGCUGCUUGCACGGCUUGCAUUAAAUACACCAGAGAGGCAGGCCCUUUUGCUCUGCUGACCUGUGUUCAUACUUAGCACUUAGCUGUGUAUCUGCGGUCAUGAUUAAUCACUGCAAUCGUGAUUUAACUCUCAGCUCAAUAACCCCAUUCAUCCAGCAGCACAGGGUUUGUGAAAGAAUAAAUACUUAUACUGGCAUAUAAGAUCCCAAUCACAUUCCCAUGAUCCCUCACUAUAUCUACAGCAUCCUAUCAUGAAUAUACAUUGGGGGGAAAAUGCACAAGUCAGAGCAAUCAUUUGCCAGUAAUUUAGUGCUGCCAGUGCAGAUGAACCAAAAUGAAGAUGUAGUGCAUUGAAUAGCAUGUGAGCAAAUUUACAUGCACACCACACAAUGCUGCACAAACAGCUUUAUUAUGAGUCCACCAGCUGCCUGUGGUAGAUCAUUGCUCAGGAUAAGAGAUCCAUCAGGUUAGGUUUUAUAGAGAGUUCUAGACAGCUGACUGGCCACUGGGCCAUAGCCUUGUCUGGGGCUUUCAGGAGGGGAUUGAACCUGUGACUGUUUGCUGUAUUGGCUUUGUUUUUAUUGGAGUUACUCCAACCUGGUUGAAUGUGUAAAUGAGAUGCCCUAAACCAAUGGGGGGUUCUGCUCUAGCAGAUCUUCUGGAGUGCAUCCAUGAAUUUAUCAUCUCGUUCAGCAAGUUGAAGGAAGAAUUGAGAGGGCUGAGAAAGGGGUAUGCAACAAGCACACAAAAAUCUCUGUCGAACCUUUGUUCCACAUGAAAGACUCCAUGGGUGCAAGGAAGGACAGGUUAACUCAAGGAUGGGCCAUAAUGCAUCCAGGAGACAGAGUGUUCCUGUUGAUUCAGCAGAGUGAAACCCAUCGAAGAGAACUGAAGGAUAUGUGAAAAAUGCUGUGACCCUCUUUAUAUUUUCUUUUUGGCUGUUAAUAUGAAGCUUCCUGUAGAAUACUAUCUAAUUAUGGGUUGUUAACCCAUUUCUCCUACAGCAGGGGGCACUCUGGGCACAAUAUAGACACACCAGCAGUGAUUUUUAAAACAUUUUUUUAUUCAGGAGUCAGAAAGAAGCUGCACAUUUGAAAUGUAGUGUUAUUGGUAAUUUUGUCUGUACAUCUCAUUUCUUGUCUCCGAAUGCAGGUCCUUAACAGGCAAUUAUGCCAUGUGAUUAUUGUUAUUGUGAGACAACUCAUGUACUACAAUCCUUAAAAAAGAUGGUUAACAGAUUCUAAGGCUGUGGGAGACACAAUAUUUGUUCACAAAAAGAAGUUUCUUUAAUUACUUAAUGAUGUGUACUUAUCAGUGAUAGGCAUGGAGACUGAGAGCCAAACAGCCUCUGAAAAAGACAGAGAGCAUAUUGUUGCAAAUUCAGAGCUACAGCAAUAAAACCAGUCAUGUGGUGGAGUAAUGAUGUAAGGCAUUAGCACUUCAAAACAUAGAGUCUUUCCCACACGGGGCUAUAGCUGCUGUCUGAUCUCGAGCUAGGAGUGAAAGAUCAGCUCAUUUUUAUAUUUAUUGAGAGGAUAACUGGAAUUUGGUGUGACAUUCAAACAGAUGGGUAUGCUGCACACAUCACUUUUCUUACUUCUUUUCUUAAGAUCCACAUAUCCACUUGGUCCACUUGGUCUCCCUUUCUUUUUUCCAUAAUAGCAUAGUCACACAGAAUGCUCACGUAUGUGAACACCCAAUCAUCAUACACAAUAUAUAUUCAUUAACAGCUUAUGUAUAACCAGCAGUUUAGAGAGAAAAUUAUAGACAAAGUCACAACUAUUCUCAUUAAAGUGUAGCUAGGCAGGAACAGGCUGUCAUAGAAGUGAUAGGAUCUUCCCAUAGAGGAUGUGAUGGGUUUCUAUAUGGGUUUCUCUGUAUCUAGAGGGUUUCUAUGUACCCCUGACAGUGUAAGAAUAUAUUUCAUUCACUUUGUGCUUUUGCUUCCAUAACUUGUAAAAAAAAAAAAAAAAUAAAGACACAAAAAAACCCAGCAGAAUCUAUUAAAGAAAAGUAGAUCUUAUAAUACAAAUUUAAUUGUAAUAGGACCCUGUGUUAAUGGCUUUCGUUAUUUAUUAACCUCCCAGUCUCAUUUAUAAUAUUUUUCUCAAUCAUAUACAACAAAUUAAGCAGUAAAUGCUGUUUGUGUGUUCUGUGGGAUUUAAUGAGUACUUCAUGAAAAAUAUGAGACAAUA